AUGACAGAAGCACAAACCAACAUCAGCACAGACCAGUCUGCUCUUCUUGCUCUCAAAUCUCAUAUCACCACUGACCCUCAAAACAUCUUGGUCAACUGGUCAACCACCACCUCUGUUUGCAACUGGGUUGGCGUCACUUGUGGUGCUCGCCACCUUAGAGUUGCAGUCUUGAACCUUUCUUACAUGGGACUCACCGGCACCAUUCCCCCGCACCUUGGAAACCUCUCGUUUCUUGUUGAGCUGCGCUUGAGAAACAAUAGCUUUCAUGGCACCUUGCCCCAAGAAUUGUCUUAUUUACACCGGCUGAAGUUGAUUAGCUUCGGAUACAACAACUUUAUGGGAACCAUUCCAUCGUGGUUUGGCUCCUUCCCCAAACUUGAAACCUUCAACUUGUAUGGCAAUCAAUUUUCAGGUUCCAUACCCACUUCUAUCUUCAACUUAUCUUCACUUCAAGUAACCAAUCUCAACAAUAACCAACUAUCAGGUAGCAUACCGAGAGACAUCGCAAACUUAACCAUGUUGAAGGAGAUAUACCUCGACUAUAACAAAUUCGAAGAAAUUCCAAAAGAGAUCGGCAGUAUAGAGCUGCAGUUCUUGUCGAUGCAAUUCAAUGCUCUAAAAGGUCAUAUUCCUAAUGUUGUCUUCAACAUGUCUUCUUUGAAAAAUCUGGCUCUAUCUGGAAACAGCUUGAAUGGUAGUCUUCCAGACAACAUAUGUGAACAUCUUCCUGUUAUUCAAGGGUUGUAUUUGCUUUACAACCAACUUGACGGCCCACUUCCAUCCAAAUUAUGGCAAUGCAAAGAGCUGCUUCAACUGUCAUUGUCGUAUAACAGUUUCUCUGGAAGCAUACCCAAAAAUAUUGGCAACUUGACCCAGCUAAAGAUCAUUCAUCUUGGCUUCACCAAUUUGACAGGUACUAUACCAGAUGAGAUUGGCAAUCUUCAAAAUUUAGAGAUGUUGGCACUCCAUGUUAACAAUCUCCAUGGACUUAUCCCAUCCACAAUCUUCAAUAUUUCCACCUUAACAACAAUUUCACUUACUGGUAAUCAGCUCUCAGGUAGUCUCCCAGCAGACACAGGCCUUGGGGUGCCAAACCUACAAGAGCUUUUUUUAUCAAUAAAUAAACUCACUGGACCAAUCCCCAAGUUCAUCUCAAAUGUUUCUAAGCUCACAAAGCUAGACAUGGCCACUAACUCAUUUACUGGGUUUAUUCCUAGCACACUCUAUGCCUUGACAAACCUUCAGUUGCUUAACUUUGAGGAGAAUAAUUUGACGAUCGAUACUUCUACUCCAGAACUAAACGUUCUAUCUUGUAUGGCUAAUCUUCAAAAGUUGAGGAGAUUACACUUGGUAAACAAUCCAUUAAAUACCACACUUCCUGUUUCGCUUGGAAAUCUCUCUCCUUCACUUCAAUACAUAGAUUUAAGCAUUUGCAACUUGAGGGGUAACAUUCCAAAUGAUAUUGGCAACUUGAGCAGCUUGGUACUCUUGAACUUGGGACGCAAUCAAUUGAGUGAAUCAAUACCAGCUACAAUGGGAAGACUACUGAAUCUCCAAGUUUUGUAUUUGAAUGAUAACAAGUUGCAAGGACACAUACCCUAUGAACUUUGUCAACUAGAAAACCUUGGUGACUUGGGUUUGGGUGGUAAUCAACUCUCUGGUUCUGUACCUGCCUGCUUGGGUGAUCUAGCAGCUCUAAGAAGACUAUCAUUAGGGUCUAAUUUGUUAAAUUCAACAAUACCAUAUACCUUGUGGGGUCUUACAUACAUUCUGCAGGUAAACUUAUCAUCCAAUUCUUUAGCUGGAUCUCUCUCAGAAGGUAUUGGAUAUUUGAAAGUUGUGACAGAUAUAGAUUUAUCGAAUAACCAUUUCUCUGGUAUUAUACCAAGCAGCAUUGGGGGUCUUCAGAAUUUAGUUAAUCUCUCCUUGGCAAAUAAUAAUUUAGGAGGCGCUAUUCCCAAUUCAUUUGGCAACUUGAUAAGCCUGGAACUCUUAGAUUUAUCCACAAACAAUCUGUCUGGAGUGAUUCCAAAGUCUCUAGAGACACUCUUGCAUCUCAAGUAUCUGAAUUUGUCUUCCAACAGGCUCCAAGGAGAAAUUCCAUCAGGUGGACCUUUCCAAAACUUCUCUGCAGAAUCGUUUGUCUCAAAUAGUGCGCUCUGUGGUGCACCACGGCUCCACGUUCCACCAUGCAAAAAUAGUACACUGGCGAGUACAUCUGUCUUGAAGUAUAUUAUUCCAGGGAUCUUGUCAGCAAUGCUUCUAGGGAUCUUUAUAUCUGUAUUUAUACUACGCAGAAAAAGGAAUGUGGAAGUUGCAGAAGAGACUACCUUGUUGCCUCAACUGCAAUGGAGAACAGUUUCAUACCAAGAACUUCUGAGGGCGACAAAUGGGUUUAAUGAAAGCAACUUACUUGGCACUGGAGGUUUUGGUUCCGUAUAUAAAGGAACACUUCCAAAUGGGACAGAGGUUGCGGUAAAAGUGUUCAAUCUAGAGCUAGAAGGGGCUUUCAAGACUCUUGAUAGUGAAUGUGAAAUGCUGAGCAAUAUUCGUCAUCGAAAUCUCAUCAAGAUCAUCAGUAGUUGCAAUGAAAUUGAUUUCAAAGCCUUGGUACUGAACUACAUGUCAAAUGGGAGCCUUGAGAAGUGGCUGUAUUCUGAAAAUUACCGCUCCUUGAAUAUCAUAGAGAGGUUAAAUAUAAUGAUAGACAUUGCAUCGGCAUUGGAAUACCUUCACCAUGGCUAUCCAAUACCCAUUGUCCACUGUGAUCUGAAGCCCAGCAAUAUACUACUAGACCAUGAUAUGGUUGCACAUGUUGCUGAUUUUGGAAUUGCAAAACUCUUGGGUGGAGGAGACUCUAUUACCCAGACCAUGACCCUAGCCACAAUUGGGUAUAUGGCUCCAGAGUAUGGGACAGAAGGAAUAGUUUCCACAAGAGGGGAUGUGUACAGUUUUGGUAUUGUUCUCAUGGAAACAUUCACAAAAAGAAAGCCAACAAAUGAGAUGUUUGUUGGGGAAAUGAGUUUAAAGCAAUGGAUUGAAUAUUCAAUAUUACAAGAUGCAAUAGUUGAAGUGGUAGAUGCCAAUUUGCUAGAGACAGAGGCAGAUCAUGAUUUUGUGAGCAAGAGGGAUUGCUUAUCAUCCAUUAUGAGAUUAGCUCUAGCUUGUUCUACAAAAUCACCACAGAAGAGGAUAAAUAUGCAAGAUGCUGCAGUCAACCUCAGUAAAAUGAAGAUGAAGCUUUUGAAAGAUGCUGCAGGAGAUGUGUUGUGUUAGCAUUUGUUGUUUUGUCCUAAUGAUUUAUGAAUAAUACUAAUCUUGCCAC